UCCGGGCUACGUCCACCCGGCGCCUCCCUCCGUCUCCUCUCCUCUCCUCGUGUUUAUUUAUACACGCACACGCACACCUUUCUCCCUGGUAGCCUAGCCACCACUACUGCAAGCGAUAGCCGAGGAAGGAAGAUCAAACGACCAAGCAAAGCAACCAACCAACCAACGAGCGAGCGAGCGAGCGAGAUCACGGGCAUGGGGGAGCAGGACACCAGCGGCAGCAGCAUGGUGGAGGCGCGGGCGCCGGCCAAGAAGAGCGGCAGCGGCCACGCCGACCCGCGCCUCCAGGGCAUUUCCGACGCCAUCCGCGUCGUCCCGCACUUCCCCAAGCCAGAGAUCAUGUUCAACGACAUCACGGCGCUGCUGCUGCGGCCGGGCGUGUUCAAGGACGCCGUCGACAUGUUCGUGGAGCGCUACCGCGGCAUGGGCAUCGCGGCCGUCGCAGGCAUUGAGGCGAGAGGGUUCAUAUUUGGCCCGGCGAUUGCGCUGGCCAUCGGAGCCAAAUUCAUACCGCUGCGCAAACCCGGGAAGCUCCCAGGCGAGGUGAUUUCCGAGACUUAUACGCUUGAGUACGGGACGGAUUGCUUGGAGAUGCAUGUUGGCGCCGUCGAACCUGGCGAGCGUGUGGUGGUGGUUGAUGAUCUGGUUGCAACCGGUGGAACACUUUCUGCAGCUAUAAAACUUCUUGAACGUGCCGCAGCUGAUGUUGUUGAGUGUGCAUGCCUCAUUGGACUCCCCAAGUUUAAGGAUUUCUACAAGCUCGAUGGAAAGCCAGUUUACAUACUGGUGGAGUCCCGCAAAUAAAAAAUGAAAUGAUGAUGAUUGAUCAGCGAGGCCUGAACUAAUUCUGGCCUUGUUUCUUCGUCAGAGAAAGGAUGACAGCUUCAUUCAUUUGCAAGGGCGCGCACGGUGGAUGUGCAUUGAUAAGUCUGCAGUACACUGUUAGGGGCAGCUGCUAUUGCUAAGUGUCUUGAUGGAGAGUGUGAGAUAGAUGAGAUGUAGUCUUCCUAGCACUAGUUUUUCCAGUAGUAGAGUAUUUGAUGAGAGCUUUGUAGUUAUUUCUGUCGGGAAUCACCGCUGUUAGCCGCAAAGAAAAGAACCAUCCUGUUGUUCAGGUUCUUUUAUGAGAUUUUUGUGUGUGCAUCUAAGCAUUAAUUUAUUCCAUUGUCUCUAAAA